AUGGGUCCAGAUCAACAUGCUCAAUUGGAUCCCUUUGGGCUGAUCUUUCCAUUGCCCUUACGGAUAGCCUCCCUCCUCGUUGCUGGUUUCUGGGGAUGGGGUUUGAACCUCCAAUACCUCGCAAAAGCCAACAUUGACGUUCCCGCACUCAUCAAAUACCCUGCCCGCACAUCGCCCGCCCAGCGUCCGCACCACGCCGCCGUAUACCGCCUGGCAACUAUCUUCUCCAUCCCACUAGCCAUCUGGUUCGUCGUCUUCUGGAUCGCCACCCGCCGGUCUCCUGAGUUGGUAGAGCGACUCGACUGGCUCCCACAAUCCGUUUUCGUGAUUCUCCUCCUUAUUCUGAUCUGGCCCCUCAACCGCGCCUCUCGUUCCGGUCGAAUUCGAUUUCUCCUCACCCUUAAGCGAGUCGCUAUUGGCGGCUUGGCAGAGACCCAGGAUGGCAAGUUUGGUGACAUUCUGCUGGCAGAUGCUCUAACUAGCUAUGCUCGUGUGAUUGGGGAUCUCUACAUCAGUUUUUGCAUGUUCUUCACCGAUGGCAUCGCCGCCACCUCCAAGCCUGAUCGGGCUUGUGGGAGCAAGAUCGUGGUCCCAAUCAUCCUAGCUGUUCCCAGCUUGAUUCGUCUGCGCCAGUGUUUGACCGAAUAUCUGCGUGCGCGCCGAACGACUACGCGGAGGGAAACAUCGAAGGGCAAUCAGCACUUGGCUAACGCUCUCAAGUACGCUACUGCCUUCCCUGUCAUUUGGAUGUCCUCCAAAAUGCGCAACUACAAUCCGUUGGAGUUCCGCGGAUACAGCGAAAUGAGCAUGAUGCGCCUUCUAUUUAUCUUCUCUUUCGUCAACUCCGCCUACUCAUUCUGGUGGGAUGUGGUCAAGGAUUGGGACAUGACGCUCUUCUCACCAGAACGUCGCGACAAAGACCACCCCUAUGGACUUCGUAGGUACCGCUACUUCUCGUCCGACAAAAUGUACCACUACGUCAUUAUUGCGGAUCUUGCACUCCGGUUUUCGUGGCUCUGGCGCAUUGUCCCAGGUCUUGGGUGGAUCUCAGAAACAGAGAGCGGUCUGUGGAUUCUCAUGUUCCUUGAGGUUGCGCGCCGCUGGAUGUGGGUCUUCUACCGGACCGAAGCUGAAUGGAUUCGGAAUACACAUGGACCUGGCCCCGACGACGUCCUCCUUGGUGAAUACAACCACAAGUUUGACGCAGAUUAA